UCGUCGUGUUCGUGCUACGCCGAACGCGUCGUCUACCCCACCGCCACCGCCACCGGCGAAUCGCGUGGCAGCAGUGUGGUGCGGGUAUUCGGCCGAGCGACCUCGCCCCUGUGCGAGACCAUCCUCACGGCCAGCCUGCCGUCCAAGGCGGCGUGCGACGUCCGCCCAACGGACGUCCACACCUGCUCCAUCUCCUGCGAGUGCAACCUCCGUCCGGCAUGUUUGCCGAAGCCCCGAGGCAAUCUGAAGUACACCCACGUCCUUGAACGUCAGCGAGCCGACUGCCAGGACAACUCCUGUCAGACGUCUGGUGGGUUCGAACCACGACAAACUCAUCACCUCCACACCUGCCGUGUGGCAGACUGCGAGCCGAGAGUAGAUCGUUGCCUGGCAACGCGACCUAGUUGCGUAGUGGAGUGCUGCCAGAUUCCCACGUGCGAACCACCGAAGAUUACCAAAAAGGAGCAAGGUAGCCAAACGACUGAGUCAUCGGAAGAUAAUUGUGUUUCACAGAAUCAAAAUUACGAGCGCUACGAGACAACGUCUUGCCGUGUUGAACGUGUCACGCGUCGUAGAACUGCCCCUAGAAGCUACUCAUGCGCUCGACCAUCUUUGGAGUCGUGUGUUGGAAGGAGUCUCCAAGACUGUAGCUACUAUCUAAGUCUAGUUAGACGAAGUGAAAAUGACUUGUGGAGUAGAAUUGCAGAAUGCGAAAUGGACCUUGCUGCCUUCGAGUGCAUGAUGAGCAGCGAUGUUCAAUUCGAGCUGAAAUUUAAGUUUUUUUUAUUUGUAGAUGCCGACUACAUUAGGGAGGCCAUUCAGAAGAGCCAAGACCUGAUUCGCUGUGACUUUCAGAAGAUUCGUUGUUUCUGUGACAAUAACGACUCUAGUCACCGCUUUAACGGCAAUAUUGAGGAGCUAUGGCGAGAGACACAGCGAAAACUAGGCGAGGUUCUUCGGAUGAUGGAUAAGAUCGACCGAAUGAGGAGUCGUGGAUGGAAGGACGCUGAGGAUGCCGUUCGCGCCUGUGAUGGCUAUAAGAUAGAUGGUUACGCACUUCGCGUGGAAUACCCUCGAGGUAGGAGCUUCAACUCUUUCCGGCGUGGUGGCGGUCGUGGAAGUGGCCCUUCUCGACGCUCCGAUUACCGUGUGAUUGUAACCAAUCUUCCACCCUCUGGAAGCUGGCAAGACCUAAAGGAUCACAUGCGCGAAGCCGGUGAUGUCGGCUUUGCUGAUGUCUUCAAAGAUGGGUCAGGUGUGGUUGAAUUUUUACGCUAUGAAGACAUGAAGUACGCCCUCAAGAAGUUGGACGAUUCGAAGUUUCGAUCGCACGAGGGUGAAACUUCGUACAUUCGCGUGCGUGAGGAGCGCCAGUACUCUCGGUCAAGGUCAAGAUCCCGUUCGUAUACCUCCCCGAGAAACCGUGGCCGCUAUUCUAAUAGCCGCUCUGGUUCCCGUUCUUCUAGCCCUCGUCGCUAA